UAAAGGUGUUCCUAGUCUUUUUUCUUUGUGUCAGGUAGCUAAAGCAGUUGGAUGUUUUGAAUAUUAGCCUUUUGCUUUCUCCUUAUAAGUCCUUAGCAAACCAUUUCCAUUUCCAUAUCCAAACAACCACAUUUGUUUCCUAUUUCUUGUUCUCUUUUCUUCUCCUCUUAGAACAACAAAAACAAUCCCAUAUAUCAUAUUUUUAUAUAUACAAAGAGAGGAGAAGUGACUUUUUAUAUAUAACAAAUGACAGUGAUGAAGAUUGCAUGGGAAUCUUUAGUUCCAAGCUGUAUUAAGCCUGAUCAAAAUACGAAGAAAAAUCCAAAGGAGAAGGUCAUUAGAACACAAAUUUCAUUCCAUGGGAUUCCAGUCUCAGAUAUUAGCUCUUCAACUCUAUCCUCAGAUCUUUCAAUUUCUCUGGCUGGUUCAAAUAUUCAUUCUUUUAAUCUUCAAGAACUGAGAGUGAUUACACAGAACUUUUCGACGAGUAAUUUUAUUGGUGAGGGAGGGUUUGGACCAGUUCAUAAGGGUUUCAUUGAUGAUAAACUUAGACCAGGUUUGAAAGCUCAGCCUGUAGCUGUUAAACUCCUGGAUUUAGAUGGCUCACAAGGUCAUCGCGAAUGGCUGACUGAAGUGAUAUUUCUUGGGCAAUUGAGGCAUCCACAUUUAGUGAAGUUGAUUGGAUAUUGCUGUGAAGAAGAACACAGAUUGCUAGUGUAUGAAUACAUGCCCAGAGGCAGCUUGGAAAAUCAGCUCUUUAGAAGAUAUUCAGUAUCACUUCCUUGGUCAACAAGGAUGAAAAUAGCACUUGGUGCUGCAAAAGGUCUGGCUUUCCUACAUGAAGCUAAAAAACCUGUCAUUUAUCGUGAUUUCAAGGCUUCAAACAUCUUGUUAGAUUCAGAUUACACUGCCAAACUCUCAGAUUUUGGACUUGCAAAAGAUGGUCCAGAAGGAGAUGACACACACGUUUCUACUCGAGUCAUGGGUACACACGGCUAUGCUGCUCCUGAAUACAUAAUGACUGGUCAUUUGACAGCAGCAAGUGAUGUCUAUAGUUUCGGAGUAGUACUCUUGGAACUUCUAACAGGUAGAAGGUCAGUUGACAAAAAUCGUCCACACAGAGAGCAAAACUUAGUAGAUUGGGCGCGACCACAACUAAAAGACCCUCGAAAACUACGUAGAAUAAUGGAUCCGAGACUAGAAGGCAUGUACUCAGAAGAAGGAAUUCAAAAUGCAGCAUUAGUAGCAUAUCAAUGUCUAAGUCACAGGCCAAAGGCUAGACCGGACAUGAGCACAGUGGUGAAAACCCUAGAACCAUUGAUGAACUAUGACGAUAGUUCGUCAAUGGUAACAUUUGUGUACACAGCUCGAGCAGAAAGCAAUGAAGUUAGUGAAAAAGAUAUUCAAGGAGAAGAUGGCCAAAAGGAAUUGAAGAAAGAAAGUAGUAGUAUUAGUCCUCAUCACCAAAAACAACACCAUAAAAAUCAUAAUAAGCAUAGAAAAGAACUAAGUCCAAAUUCACCAUUGCACAAUGGUUUUAAGAGAGCUUAAUUAGAUUAAAUUAUCAAACUGUAUAUGAGAUACUUUAGAUAGAGGAUCACUCCUAUGUACGUCCAUAGUUCUUUUUUUUUAUCUUAAUUAACUUCGUUAUACUUCAAAUUUCAGGAAAAAUAUUUGAGCAAAAGCUCCUUUUUUA